UGAAUUGUAAAUAAAAAUUGAAAUAUUCCUUCAUUUUUGAAAAUAAAAGAAAUCUAAGCCUGCAAUUCAGAUUUGUGAAUUCCGGCACAUUGGCGGUCGAUUCUUCAGUAUUCUACCACUACCAAAAUAAUGGAGAGAGAUAUAGAACAACUGAAUUCAGCCCUAAGUGCUAUAAAAGUCCUUAGAUCUAACGUCCGCAAUGUAUUCGACUCUGUCAGUAACGGAUUACGAGCAGAUCACGGAGAUGAAGGCAAAGAAAGCAAAUUCGUGCACGAGCUACAAGAAUUGCUCACCACAGUCAAUAACAACUUAAGGGAUGUUGAAAAUGCAGUUUCCAAUCUGACACCACCUCCUGGAGCCUUCAGUCUGGGCAACACAACUUACCUGAGUCAGGAGACUACCCAGGAAAGACAGGCAUUGUAUGGUCAGCUAGUUAAUAGUUACAAAUGGACAGAUAAAAUAAGAGAGUAUAGUGCUGUGGCUGGGAAUAUACUAGCUGCUAAUUCAUUCAACAAGACUUAUAAAACUUUUAGUACUACAAAGAGAAGGAAAACUCAAACUAGUAAUCACAAUGUGCCACCUGAGGUCAUUGAAAAUCUGAUAACUAGCAUUGAUAGGCUCUUUCCUGAUGUUACAUUCACUACCAACAGACCAUUGGUUCCCAAUCCUGUUAUUCAGGUGUCUUUAGGUAGAGUCUUGAAAGCUAUUAUAGCCUUCAAAGGGCUGAUGAUUGAAUGGGUGGCAGUGAAGGCUCAUGCAGAAUCAAAUGAUUUGUGGGCUGAAUCACGCUACAAAGUGUUCAGGAAAGUCACUGAAAAUUGUCAUGCUGCUAUGUGUCAUUUUCAUUCACCCAUGAUGCCUGAACUUGCAGUAAGAUCUUUCAUGCAUUGGUUCCAUAGUUAUAAUACAUUAUUCAGUGCCCCUUGUAAAAGAUGUGGGAACCACUUGCAUACUACUUUGCCACCUACUUGGAGGGAUUUGAGAACCCUGGAACCUUAUCAUGAGGAAUGUAAAUGAAAGUUAUGUGUUUACUUCAAUAAAGUU